AGCAUUGAGAGAACUCAUUGCACUAAACGCGUCGUUGAUAAAUCCUAAUUUAGCAGUAAUUCCCACUAUCUUGGCUUGAAUCCCCAAAACCCUAAUUUUACAAGACUCAGGAUCACUUUCAAUUAUUUUUCCGAAGAAGACGUUCUAUAAUUUGCAUCUGUAUACAUACAGUGUUAACCACCACUCGUAUGGUUGUGCGUUGUUUUUGUGCUGUGCAUAGUUUCUCUUGUAAUUCGAAUUGGAACGAGAAUAUCGGCGAUUAAGAGAGAAGAGAAAAGAGGCAUAAAUGUGGUGGAGAUCCGCAUCAUUCAUACUAGACAGGCAGCAGAAUGACGCGGCUCUGAGGCCGGACACAUCGUCCACCGUUACUCCUCCUCCACCCACUGAAUCCUCCUCCGCAAUGGGAUUGCCCACCGACCACAACCCUAACAUCUCCGCCUACUACCAGACAAGGGCCGCCCACCACGCCGUCGUUACCAGCGACUGGCUCGCCCAGGCCCAGGCUGCCGCCGCCGUUGCCCACGACCCCCCUCAAUCCACCUCCACCGCUGAUCCCGACAAGCCCUUCAGCGUUAUCGACGUCUUCAACAACUGGCGUAGACAGCCCGAUUUGGCUGAGGCCGUCGCCGCCAUUCGCGCCCUGGCCGCCGUCAUCAGGUCCAGCCAGGCCUCCACCAUGAUGCAGCUCGAAAUCGAGCUCAAGAAGGCCUCCGACUCUCUCAAAGCUUGGGAUACGACUUCAAUCUCCUUGACUGCUGGCUGUGAUUUGUUUAUGCGGUAUGUGACGAGGACCUCUGCUUUGGAGUAUGAAGAUUUUAAUUCAGCCAAGUCUCGCCUAAUCGAGCGCGCUGAGAAGUUUGGCGAAAUCUCCUACAAGUCCAGGAAAAUUAUUGCCAUGUUGAGUCAAGAGUUUAUAUUUGAUGGCUGUACCAUUUUAGUCCAUGGGUUUUCCAGGGUUGUCUUUGAAGUUCUAAAACUGGCAGCACAAAAUAAAAAGCUAUUUAGAGUCUUCUGCACAGAGGGAAGACCGGAUCGAACAGGAUUACGGUUGUCAAAUGAGCUGGCAAAGCUUGACGUUCCUGUGAAACUUGUAAUAGACUCUGCUGUUGCGUAUACUAUGGACGAGGUGGACAUGGUUUUUGUGGGUGCAGAUGGUGUUGUUGAAAGUGGCGGCAUAAUUAACAUGAUGGGGACAUAUCAAAUCGCAUUGGUUGCAAAUAGUAUGAAUAAGCCAGUUUAUGUUGCUGCUGAAAGCUAUAAGUUUGCUCGUCUCUACCCUCUAGACCAGAAAGACUUGGCUCCUGCCUUGCGCCCUAUUGAUUUUGGUGUACCAAUUCCAUCCAAGGUUGAAGUUGAAAGGUCUGCCAGGGAUUACACCCCUCCUCAAUAUCUGACUCUGCUUUUCACAGAUUUAGGUGUUCUUACUCCAUCAGUUGUUAGUGAUGAGCUGAUCCAGUUAUACUUAUAGUCAUCCAUAUAUAUGUAAUUAUUUUAUAACUAUUCUUUGAAUCUGUUAGCCUCAAUUCAAGAUAAUGUAUUGUCUGAUGGAUUUUUGUUUUUCACA